UAAUAAUCACCAGUUUACCGUGGUUGUCGUUAUGUGUAGUAAUUGUAAAAAGUAAAUAUUCAACAUAGAUUCUAUCGUGAAUUAUCUAUCGAUUCUAUAAUAAGGCAAAAACCAACAAAAUUAUGUUGUCACCUUCUUCGAGUGCUGGCGAUAAUAAGGAUGUGCUUGCCAAUGAAAUCGAAGUAUUAUUUCCAAAUAUCAUAGAAGACAAAAUAGGAACUGUAGAAUUUUUGAACGCAGCACGAGGCAUUGUAAGAAUUAUUGAAACUCACAACCCGAUAUGUAAAGGACGAAGAAAAAAAUGCGACUCUACAAGACAUGAUUUUAAUUGAAAAAAAUACUGAAACCAAUUUAAUCGCUACGGAUGCUUUAAUGUGGUUAACAAGAGGUUUACAUAUGAUUUUGCUAUUUUUUGAGCAAAUUAUCGAAGAUGCUAAAACAACUACACCAACAGAGGAUUUAGUAGCAUUUUUAAAAAAAGCUUAUAAAGAAGCUUUAGAACCGUAUCACGGCUGGAUGGCACAACAACUUUUUGACCUCCUUUCGCUCAUGGUGCCUACACGUUCACAACUUUUACAAGCCCUUACUAAUAAACAAACAACUGAGAAUAGCACCGUUAUACAGAACAUGGAAUUUUAUUUACAGCGCUUACAAAAAAAUGUGUCAGUAAUACAGUUAUUUUAUAAAACUAAUAAUCUUGAUCCUUCAAGAUAAAAUGUUUUGUUAGUCUCAAAAUUGUAUUCAUUAGGUGUCAUUAACUAAGAAUAUUAGCUAAAGGAAAAAUUGGACAAUAGUACUUUGAUAUGAUACACUAGUAUACUGUAUAAUAAUACUUAACCUAUAAACCUAUUUGCUCAAAAAUCUAUAUAUAAUUCCUAGUUAUAAAGUUAUUUUAGGAUAUUCACAUUAUGUAUAUGUAUCAUAUAAAUGCAUUAAAUAAAAUACUUUAGCACGGUGAUCUGCCAAAUUCAUUAAAGCAAUCAUUCCUGUAAUAAUUUCAAUAAGAAGAAGACAAACCAUAAAAAAAUUGAUUAAUAUUUCGCUAGAAUGAGAUAAUAUCCCACGAUCAAAAAGAAGGAAUGCCUCUAGGGGAAGCUGUAUUAAUAUUGAGAUUAACCAACAACUAGUUAAUUCUGGAAUCUAAUAACAACUUUCUUAUUAUAAACGAACUAUUAUAAACGAGCUAUAAAGAAAAUUAACAAAGUCUAUUGCAAAUAAAGUAAGAUUACCUUUCCAGUAAGAUUUCCUAGGUAUCCCAAAUAUAGUUUUAAACUUUCAAAAAUUGAAAGUACCAGAAAUGUUGCUACAGCUAACAAUUUAUAAACAUUUGACAAAUUAUUGUACUUUGCAUCCAAGUUAACAAUAGAAAUCAACAGCCAAACUGGGAAAAGCCACAGAUUCACAUAUAGAGCUAUUUGAAAUGGUAAAUUAGAUCUUGUUUUAUUACCUUCAUGAUACAUAAAUUUAGAAAAUGUUUCAUUAGUAAUAUUCGUUAUAGGGAACUGUGACAUAUUUGAAACAAAUUCUUCGACAUGAUAAUAACGUUAUUGAAACCAGUUUUUAUUCAACAAUUUCCACUAAACGUUUUAAGGAAAUGUUUACAUUUUUAUAUUAUCUUAGGUUUGUAUCCAUUCACCAUGUUAACUUAGGUUUGUACCCAUUCAUAUAUUUAUAUAUUUGGUACAUUGAUCUUAUUUUACAUUUUGUUUAACACACAUACAUAUGUGUACAUAUAGUUUUGAUCUAGAAUCUUCCGUGUAAUACAUUUUUUUUUUACUCUAUCUCUUUUCUUCCCCUUUCUUUGUACUUUCCAUCUCUCUUAAUUGCUUACUCAUGGUAAAAUUAUUCAACAAGAAAAAAGAUAUAAAAAUAUACAAGUUCUAAAUAUAACGAGAAAACAUUGUAGGAAUCACGUCAAUUAAAAAUUAACAACGGUGAUGUAUUCAGAAAAAUCUGCUUUAAUCUGAAAGUUUCCAAGCUUAUUGCGACUGGUUUGACCCACGUAGUAGCGUGACAUGUGUUUUGUGGUUUCGAGGCUGAAACGGAUUGCGAGUGAAGUGACAAACAAAAGACGUUUAUAAAAUUUGUGUAGUUGUGCGUAGAAGCUCAUGCGGCAUUCGACCUGUUGAAACGAGUUAGCUUCAAUUUCUCGUAAAACGUGAAAAUUUUUUAUCAAAUUUGAUUAGUUAUUUGAAGAGUAACGUCAAUCACUUCGGAUAAAGGUUAUCCGAUCCCGUUUUCAUCCUUAUAAAGCGGUGACAAUUUCUGAGAUGGCCGGUGCAAUGUUGUUCGAACGUGCACAAGCAGUUUCAAUGACGAAUCGUAGCGAAGGUAUUUCACUUUUAAGUGAAAUCGUCUCUGAUCCGAGUAUUGGUGUUACGGAGGAUGAUGAAGAUAACAUUCGGGUGAAAGAACAAGGUAUUUUACAUCUUGGCGAACUUUACAAGAAAGAAGGCAAGGCGAAAGAAUUGGCGGAGUUGAUCAAAGCUACGAGACCAUUUCUCAGUUUGAUCAGCAAAGCAAAGGCUGCUAAACUCGUACGAUCUUUAGUAGACUUUUUCUUGGACCUAGAAGCUGGUAUUGGCAUUGAGGUUCAACUGUGCAAAGAAUGUAUAGAAUGGGCAAAAGAGGAACGUAGGACAUUUUUAAGGCAGUCGUUAGAAGCGCGUUUAAUAGCAUUAUAUUUCGAUACUGGCAUGUACAGCGAAGCAUUACAAUUGGGAUCGGCUUUACUUAAAGAGCUUAAAAAGUUGGAUGACAAACAACUUUUGGUUGAGGUACAAUUAUUGGAAAGUAAAACCUAUCAUGCAUUGAGCAAUUUAGCAAAAGCAAGGGCGGCCCUUACCAGUGCUAGAACAACUGCUAAUGCAAUUUAUUGUCCACCGAAAAUGCAAGCUGCUUUAGAUUUACAAUCUGGGAUUUUACAUGCUGCGGAUGAGCGAGAUUUUAAAACUGCAUAUUCUUAUUUUUAUGAAGCAUUUGAAGGAUACGAUAGCGUAGAAAGCCCGAAAGCCUUGACAGCUUUGAAAUAUAUGCUGCUUUCAAAAAUUAUGUUACGUACACCUGAAGAUGUUCAAUCAAUUAUGUCGGGGAAAUUGGCUGUUAAAUACGCAGGAAAAGAUUUAGACGCAAUGCGGGCAGUUGCUGAAGCAAGCCACCGACGUUCAUUAGCGGAUUUUCAGACAGCUGUAAAAAAAUAUCGCCAGGAACUAGAAGAUGAUGUGAUCGUGCGUGCUCAUCUCGGCUCUCUCUACGAUGCGAUGCUCGAGCAAAACUUAUGUCGUUUGGUUGAACCUUAUUCUCGCGUACAGGUCAGUCAUAUCGCGACCUGUAUAUCACUGCCACUUACUCAAGUGGAGAAAAAGCUUUCACAAAUGAUACUGGAUAAAAAACUGAGGGGUGUUCUCGAUCAGGGUGAAGGUGUUUUAAUCGUUUUCGAAUAUACUCCGCGUGAUAAAACUUAUGAGAUUGCACUGGACACUAUACAUAGCAUGGGAAAGGUCGUCGAUACACUUUACCAAAAAGCAAAGAAACUCACUUAGCCUUAUUUAUUAUAUAUGUCUAAACAACAACGUUUAUACAACGUGUUAUACAAUCAUGUAUAGCAGAUUUCAUUUGUUGAUUUGAAAAGAAAAUGAUUUUUGAUGUACAAAAUAUGAAAUACAAUGGUAAUAGAAUGAAACGAUACAUUUUAUCAAUUUAUCUUAUUCAAAACAUUAUAAAAAAAAAAUAU